CGUCCUUUAUACGCUCAACCUGCACACAUAACCAAUUAUUGCUAUGGCACCCUGAGAAAAUAUGCUCAUGGACCUGACCCACUCAUACACACAGGAGUGUCCCGCCAGGAGUGUGUGUGUGUGUCUCUCCUCCAAUGUAUCAGUUAGAAAGGUUUUUUUGACUUUUGCAUGUGCCGUCGCUGAUCUGUGGUGAGGGGAAACCGUUUGGAUGUAUUUUGAGGUCCCUUAGGGGACUGCAGUGACUUGUGGGAAGAUGACCUGAUUUCUAAUUUUCUCUUCUCCUGCCUGGGCUGUCGGCUAGUCGCUGCUACAAACGGAGAAGUCCAUGAAAGGACAGAAUGAGCCGCCCUGGAUUUAUUUGGAACAUGGCCUCGCUAUUGGCGUAAAACUGGAUUUUAUUUGUCAUUUUUCAUGGACGCAUCCGCGACUGUAAUUCUCUUUAAAUAGAUUCAGGUGAGCAACCAUGGCUAACCUGCAGCAGGAAUACCCUGGGGUCCUAUUGGGGAUCCUGGAGGAACUGGCCAAUAUGCGCCAAUUGCUGACCUUCCAGGACCUUUGUCGCAUGGUCAGCACCCGCUUUGACCUGGAACACCUUAUCGAACUCAGGAGUUUGCUGUUUGCUGCUGCCAGCCGGGACCCCUGUUUCCCAGCUACCCUCUUCAGAGACCGGGUUUCUGCCAGAGGCCAGGGGCUAUCUCCCAUAGGUGUCGCUGCUGACAUUGUAACUAUCUUCAACCUUAUUCAGAUGACGGGUGGAGCCCCUGAUGAUAGCCAACCAGUGAGAGCCCAGACAGUCCUCCCCGUCGACCAGUCCCCAGGCCCCAGUCUGCCUGGAGUGCACCAGCUGAACAUUUAUGGUCGAGAAAGAGCACGUGCCCACUCUGACUCCAGUGGCAGGCCUAUCGACCAACACUUGCUGUUUCCAAGAUCGAAUUACUCUGCCCGCAAGCGAGCAAGUCUUCCCCCGGAUCCAAUCUCACUUGUGUCCUCCCCUCCAAUAAGGGCGAGGGCUGUGUCUUUUGACUUGCCUCACACCACACUUAUGUACCCUAGUGGUCAAAUCCCCAACGAAGUCAUGAAGAAUAUCUACUUGCCUUUGGAGACGGACAGCGAGUCUAGUGGAGAUUCUGCAGCCAUCGAGGUGUUUGAACCUGAACCGGGAACGUCUGUCGACCAGAAGAGAAACAUAUUUAAGAAGGACUUCCAUAACCAGCCGCCUCUGAUACCACAGGUGACCAUUAACAGUGAGUCUCCUAGUCCCAGCGAGGCGAAGAAAGGCUUCAUCAAUCACAGCUUUGACAUGAUUCCAAAUCCUUAUCCGUCACCAACAACAGUCCACCAGUUGCCAGAGCAGCGGGCUAAACAUGAGAGCCUUGAUGACCUACAGGACUCAACUUACUUUGGACCUGGGUCAGUCCCAGACUGGUCCCCCCAGCACCUUCAACCUCCCAGGACACAGCGAGCCAUCUGGAGCAACAAGAGUCACAGUUUAGAGGACCGUAUAGGCUUGGGCAGCGUUGGAGUGGGGAUGGAAUCACAAGGAGGGCAACUUCCAAGACGAUCAACCCCUGCUAUCAGCCAUUUGGGGGGGUCCUCAGGAGGUGAGAGUGGGGAUAGUGGAUUGCCAUUUGGAGGUGAUGUAGUCAAGGCUCAGGGAACCCAGACAGACCCACCAGACCCCCGGCGCCUCCGUAGCCUGGUCCAUGCUGAUCGCCUCUCCUUCAUGACCUCAUUAGAUGACCCUGAAUUUGGUGAGGAUGACAUCAGUGCCAUCUUUCGUUUCUUAGAUGACAUAAGCAUGUGUGGUUCCACGGGAGUCCUGCACCCCAGUGAUGGAUCAGCGGCCAUUAAUCAGGACACCCCGGAGGCCCGACGUGGCCGCCUAGGUCAACUCCAAAGGCUUUUCCACUCCCUUGAAAGCAGCGAUGACGGGCUCAAGGCCAGUGUGUGUAAGCUGCUGCUCCGUAUGAGCCAGAUAGAAAGACAACUGGAGUCACUGAACGAUGUAAAGGCUGAGAUUUCUCAGGUGCUGUCUGCUCUGCAGCGACUUGAUGAAAAGAUCCAGCAGCCUAUCAGUGGUGGUGGACAAGGCACCAGUGGACGAUGGCUAGAACCUCUUAGUGGUGUGUCUUCCUUUAUGAGCCACCCUCUAACCCCCUCUGAGUCAUCAGAGCCUCAGCCUCUGUCUGCAUCUGGUCAUAUGUUUCCAGGGACCAGCACUAGUAGUCUGGACUGGAGCCAUUGGAACACUCCUCGGGAGCAAACAGAGACCAGCAAAGGUCAGGCUGAUUCAAAGGGGAGUAAAGAAGGGAAGAAGGAUGCUUCAUCUCGUCGUGCUUCCAAAACCCAGCCUGAGGAGAAAGGUGUCUCUGAUUCCAAACAGCUGAAUGUCAACUCUGCACGAGACUGGACAGUGUCCUUCUCAAAAAGUAAAGAUGGCAAAGCUUCACAUGGGCAGGCGGAUCAGUCAGGCAGCACAACUAACCUACUCUCCCAAAAGUCCUCCACCCUGGUGGAACAAGUGUUUAACUCAUCCCUGUUCCGCCACAAAGACAGCAGUCUGACAGGUGGACUAACCUCUGGGAAAAUCAUAGACCCCAGACUGGCUGAGGGGAGGGGAAGGCCCAUAUGGACUGUCGAUGACAGGGAGGCACGAGUCACCCCAUUGGAUUUACAGGGCCAGGAGUCUCUGAACCCCAACAACAUGGAGUUCUGGAUGGACGACAUCUACACUCCAGGCUAUGAUGCUCUACUCAGGCGUAAGGAGGCUAACCUCCGCCGCGUCAAGGUCUGCAAGCUGCUUGCACUCAUUGCCACAGCAGUGGCUAUAAUUCUUAUCAUCGUCAUUCCCAUUUGCACCGUUGGGUCAUGAAAAGCCUUACAGAGAGCUAACAUUGUUGCCUGUCUUUAUUUUAUUCAUUUAUUUUCAGCAGCUAUGUGCUGUACCCAGGAACUUGCAUACCAUUCUCGUGGAGAUUAGUGGAUGAGAGACUGUGACUCUGGAACCCUAAAGCUGUACCUCAGUACAUCCUUACAUUUCUCUGCAUGCAGCACCAUUAUUUAUGACUUCUGAAAAACAGGAGGAUUUGAAGUGUAGCUUACUUUGAAAUCCAUCCCUCAUGCAGUUAAAACAAAUUGUAAGUAAUCUCCAAUGCCAAGUCAUUUAUUUCAUGUUUUUUGUUCUUAAUAAUUUCAGGUGGCGCCAAAAGGAAGUCAUUAAAAAGUUUUAAAUAAUUCUAAAAUAACUCUGAGAGGAUAUGUUGAAACUACUAAUACUGAGCCAUUGCAAAAGUGUCAAUUUCCUUUGAUUUUUUCAUUUUGUCUGCUCUCUUCUGAGAAACAACACUGUUACAAAUGCAUUGUGAUUCAGCUUCAGCCUUGAGCACUGCCUGACUCUUUCUUGCUGUUCCCUUGAGAACACUACAGGGCUUAUUUCACUUCUAUGUAAAAUAAUAGUUUUAUCAGUACAUAAGAGUUUUCCAUCUACAGUUUAUAAAUGGUAAUGGAUCCUGUCUACAGGAGUGUUUUUAUUUUCUUUUAGUUUUAAUGUUCUUUUCCUUUAUUUAAGCAACAAGAUAUACUGCUAAAACAAGCUUAAAUCAAUAAAAAUAAUAUUUUUAUAGAGUCCCUUCCCAUUUUUCAAACUGGAAAAUAUAAGCUGUUUAAUCCACUCCUGAAUGUGUUUGGGUUGGAGUGUUUACCAAGUGUCAAGUUUCAAAAAAUGGAAGAUAAAAAUCUUGUUGUUGUUGAAGCAGUGAAGGAAAGAGGGAGGCUUUUCCAGUAAACACUCUUUGAAAAGGAUAUUCCACUUGUAAUUCAAUUGAUGGGAUGUUAGAAGUGCACCUAUGCACAUUAACUUUGCCCUACACUCACUUGGCCAGAGCUUUUCCACAUAGCCUACCUGCAGACUCACUUAGCACCAACAGAUUCAUCUGGCGUCCUUACACGGAUGAGGAAAGUAGUUUUGCCAGUGGUGUUACAUUCCGUUUUGUAAAAACAUCCUGUUAACUCAGGAAGCAUUGUAUGAAAAGUGACUCUUGGUGCUGGUGGCAGGCUGUUAAAACUAUGGGGGGUUGACAAAAAACAUGUAUACUUUUAGAAUAUAGUGAAAUUCAAUAUAAUAUUUCUGCAAGAAUACAACCUUCGGGAAUCUUGUAGUGUUCACUUUUUGUUGAGACUCUGUCAGAGAAGUGUUGAUUAAACUCGAAGGUAAGACUGUAAUGCAAAUGUACAAUGCGUAUUACAGUCUGGUCAAAAUAGGCACACUUUUCAAUCAACCCCGUCAGUAACCACAGCCUCAAAAUUACCAAAUUGUGAAAUUCAACACCUGACACAAUCUCAUUUCUAGUAUUUUUUGGCUAAUGUAUUGUAUUUCAUUCAUUUGUGUAGGUUUUUUUGUCCACUCCCUCUAUCAGUAUGGAUGAUUUUAUGUAUGGAGUCACCAAAGUGGACAGAAACUACAUCAAAAUCUUGUUUCCUUUAUCUGUAGCCAGACCAAUAAACUUCACUUUGCUUUGUGAGCACAAAUAUGCACAGGAUGUAUAUGGGGUGUGUUCUGCUUCAAUGCAUCCUCCUAAGUAGAUGUAUAUCUGCCAAGUGUUCCCCAUGAGGCUGCUUGUGGAUCCAUUACCCUUCCAAUGGUGCCACUGAGGAGGCCUAACCCUGCAGUCAGCACAGUCUGCAUUAGAGCCUCCUGACACUUUGUUCACUCCUAAGAUGUACUUAUGAAAUUUGGAUCUUGUUGUUGUCAUAUCCAUGCACCUUUUAGAUAUCUGUGAACUCAUUAUUCAGGUAAACACUCUGUCUUAAAAACUGCUUGUAGAUGAAAGAGAAUUUGUGCAGGUAUUACAGUACGAGUUACUGGUGUGCAGUGCUUUGAUUGUGAGGGUGUAUGUUGAAUUUUGCUGCCUCUGAAUAAACUCGGCAAAGUGGU